AUGUGCAGGUUUGGGGCAAAGUACGACUGGCUCUGCCACAGCGACAGCCAGUACUGGAUCGGUGAUUGCUACUUGAAUGGUCGUGGUGUAUCGAAAGACAACAAGCAGGCAUUCGAGUGGUACAACAAGUCGGCCGACCAAGACAACUCGUACGGGCAGUGGACGGUUGGUUGGUGCUACGACAAUGGACAUGGAGUCGCGCAGGACCAUCUGAAAGUUGUCGAGUGGUAUCGCAAGUCGGCUGAGCAGGGCAAUCGAUACGCACAAAAUUACCUCGGUGAAUGUUACCAAUAUGGAGACGGCGUCCCAGAGAAUAUCGACACCGCCAUCACCUGGUUCCGCAAGUCCGCCGAACAAGGUCAUCAAAGCGCCAUCGAUAGACUCAAGAAACUCGGCCAAUGGCCCUGA